GCCCAACCCCAGGGCCAAGUCAAGAGGGAUCUCAGUCACUACCUUCCCACCAGCCAGCUCAGCCAGGCACGGCCGGCCAGCUGUAGGGAGUAGGACAGAUUCUGGGAGCGAAGCGGGGAGGAGUCCUGGACCGGCUGAGCGGGGGGAGCUGCUUGGCAGUGCCAGAGCCCAGGCCCCAGAGCCCUGCUGCAGAGGACGCCGUCCCAGGAGGCAGGGGCAGCCGGGUGUGUGAGCCGCUACACCAUCCUCCAAAUCCACACCAUCCUCCAACUCCACUUGUCUGGACAACGCUCCAGAGAAGCAGCCUUCUUCCUCCAGUGACAUUGCUCUGAAGCAGAAGGUUCCUCAUUUAGGGAAGGAGGUCUGGGAUGGUUAAGUUUGGGGGUUCUCUUCAAACUCUUGAAGCUUGAUUGGGAGUAGGCCUGGCACACAGUCCCUGUGGAAGUGAGUACAGCUUCUGGAACCCCCAGGAGUGCUGGCCGUGGGCCUGGGCCUCCCCUGACUAGGGCCAGUGGAGCAGCAUUUUGUGGAUCGGAACUUUUCUCCCUCUUCGUUGGCCCUGAGGAGUGAGGCGGUGAGAUGGCAGACAGCUACACGGAGCUGGAGAAGGCAGUCGUGGUCCUGGUGGAAAACUUCUACAAAUAUGUGUCUAAGCAUAGCCUGGUCAAAAACAAGAUCAGCAAGAGCAGCUUCCGGAAGAUGCUCCAGAAAGAGCUCAACCAUAUGCUGACGGACACAGGGAACCGGAAGGCGGCAGACAAGCUCAUCCAGAACCUGGACGCCAACCACGAUGGGCGUAUCAGCUUCGACGAGUACUGGACCUUGAUAGGUGGCAUCACCAGCCCCAUUGCCAACCUCAUCCGCCAACAGGAGCAGCAGAGCAGCAGCUAGAAGACCCCUUCCGGCACCCCUUCAUGGCACUACCCGGCGCCCAGCCCUGGUGCUCUUCCUGGCUCCCCCCGGCCUCCUCCACCCCCCUGCCCCCACCCCUGCUUCUCCCUCCAGACCUCUGCUGGCCCUUUGUGAGUGUCUCAGUCUGGGGGUAUUCCCUAAAGGUCUUACUUCCUGGAGCCAGUUGGCUCUGGGGGCCCCUCUGUGAGUUUCCAUGCUGUCUGGGGACCCCACGGGAUUCCACGUUCUGUCUGAUUCCUGGCCUCUCCUGACCUCUGGAGGUCAGCUUGCUGCUUGAGGUCUUCCUGCUGAGGUGGCAGCAGCAGCCCUUGCCCCCUCCUCUCAAGGCCUGUGCUGGGUGCAGGGGAUGCCUAGGGGUUCCCCUCAGCUGCCAGUGGGUCAGAGGACAGCUGAGCAGGCCUGGGCCUCCACUGUCCUGCUCACUGAGGCAAUGACUGCAUUUGGAAUGUGUACCCGUCCCACCCGGUCCAUCUGUGAUGCUCAUUAAAGCCUUUCCACUCCCUGGA